AUGGUCUUCAUCAAACUCAUCGUCGUCGUCCUGCUUCCACUGCUGAGCGCCGCCGACGCCCGAUCACUGGAUGCAGGAACCCUGAGGGUUUUCGAACGGGACACUAACGAAGUAAAGGAUGAUGUUACCUGUCAGGACUGCAUCCACAUCUUUGAGAUCCUCAAACAUCUUCUGUCUGAUCAAGACUUCCAGAUGAAGGUGAAGAACAGUUUGGAGAUGUUUUGUGAGAAUCUGCCGGAGCAAAUAUCUCAGACAUGUCAGAGCACCGUGGAUUCAGACUUUCCUCUCGCCAUCGCCUUCAUCAACAGUCUGCUGAUCCCUGGUCAGGUGUGUGUUUAUUUAGAUCUGUGUGAGGGAGAGUUCAAGACGAAGACGAAGAUGGGGAUGAUGGACGCCUUCAUGAGUCACGUUCAGAAGACCGUCACAGUUCCUGACGUCAAGCUGGACGCUUCGAUCCAGUGCAGCGCCUGUAUGUACGUUCUAAACGUCCUGGACUGCGCUGUGCCCAGAGCUCAGACGGAGAGCGCCAUGACGGCCGCGCUGGGUGAGGCGUGUGCCCUCCUGCCCCUGCUCUUCAGAGGUCAGUGUACGCGUCUGACUCAGAAAUACGUGAAGAUGCUGUUCGAGGUUCUGCUGAAUCCGGCCUCGCCCAACUCCGUCUGCUCCAAGCUGCGCCUGUGCCAGCUCCCAGCCACGCCCGGCAACAGAGCGGCGGCUCGGCUCUCAGACUGUGAUUCGUGUCUCACUCUGGCCGUCCUGGCACGACUCAGUCUGGGUUCUAAUGCCACCCUGCCACGUGUCUCCACCUUCCUGCAGUCUGUGUGCAAGUCUCACCCAGAAGCCCUGCCCGAGUGUGAGAGCUUCACUCAGCUUCAUGUCCGACAGCUCCAAAGCAUUCUGGGUAAAGACGGAGACGCUCUGGACCUGUGUGAGAGAGCAGCUCUGUGUGUGAGACGUGAGCACGAGGACGUGAUGCGGGACGUGAUGAGGGACGUGAUGAGGGACGUCUGGGACACGGAGGACUUUGGGGACCAGGGGGACCCCUGCACCCUGGGGCCCAGAUAUACCUGUAGAGAUCUGUACACCGCACAGAGCUGUGGGGUGGUUCCUUUCUGUCAGAAGAACGUGUGGAAGUAGACGUCAACGUUCCAGUCAGAGUUCCGGUUCACGACGGCCAAGCGGAGCCUGAUGCAACCAGGACCGUCCACCUCACAAGAAACGCUAAUAUUUGCUUCCCUGAUCGUCGCUACACGUCGUAUCUGAGCUCUGACCUGCGCGCAGAGUUAGCGUGAUCUCCGCUAGUGCUUGGUUAAAUAUGAUUAAAAGAUAAGAUUCGGUGACCGUGGCGUCGUAGGUAAACACGUUCCACCGGCCUGCCAGUUCAUUCCGACCCCAAAACAGUAUCGAUUUCAUCACGCGAGCCGUUUUCCUUUUGUUAUGAUAGCGCGAGAGGCUAACGGCUCCACACGCCACCGUGGUACGAGACGCUGGAGGGCUGAUGAGUCGGUUUAACACGAUACCGAGGUCACAGAGAGGAUUAGCGCGUUUAAUCCCGGAAACUUGUAUUAAUGUGUAGCUAAUGCUAAUGAUAAUAUGCUAAUAAUCAUAAAUAUGCUAACAAUCAUAAAAUGCUAAUAAAUAUGAAUUAA